AUGACCAAGUUUGAGGACGCCACGACUGAGCAGACUCGCCAGGAGCAGUAUCAGGACCAAAUCAAGGAUGCCGACCGUCAACUCAAGGACAUGCAUCUCCGCGCCCUCGAGGACGAGAAGGCCUUUAUUCGCAGCAAAACGCGAUGUGACUCGGCCACCAGCAGCGCCAGCAGCGAAGAUGAUGACGAGCUGCGCUCCAACUCAUCAGGCCAGGCCGAGGACGACGGGGACCUCUCCCUGCCCACCGGCGUCAUCACCGCGCCCAACGGCCAGCACGGACCAAGGCGCUACGAGAACUGCUUCCACCGCGUCAAGCUGAUGCAGUCGGAGAUCAUCGUGGAGCGCGGCAUCACCCGCCGCCUCGCCGAGUGCGGAAAGGAAGUCAUGCCCUCCAUUUGCCACGACUCCACCAAUUACAUUAUCACCGACACAAUCGUCGACGAGCUGUUUGGUGAGCGCAUCCUGUCCGGGCUGCGCAGCGCCGGCCUGGACAUCCACAAGAUUGUCGUCCCGGCCGAUGCCCUGGACGAGACUGGCGAGUCCUCUGCCGAGCGCCACAAGACCCUCAAGGUGUUCUCGGACUGCGUGGACCAGAUUCUGGAGCGCGGCAUCGACAAGCGCAGCGCCAUCAUCUCCCUGGGCGGGGGCGUGGUCAACAACAUUGCCGGCUUCAUCGCCGCCUCCCUCUACCGCGGCAUCACCCUGGUCCACUUCUCCACCACCACCAUGGGCCAGGUGGACGCAGCCAUCGACUUCAAGCAGGCCGUCAACCACCACAAGGGCAAGAACCUGCUGGGCGCCUAUCACCCAGCCACCACCAUCAUCCUGGACCCGGAGCUCCUGCAGACGCUCAGCCGCCGCCACCUCCUCAACGGCAUCAGCGAGUCCAUCAAGCACGCCAUCACGCAGUCCCAGGACAUGCUGGACUACGUGCUGCAGAACCGCCACAUGCUCGACGACAAGGACCAGCUCGUCGCCUACCUCGAGCACAUCAUCCGCAUGACCAUCGCCCACAAGGUGCCCACCCUCUCCGGUGACACUGCCAACGACUACAACGAGAUGCUGCCGCAGUACGGCCACGCCAUCGGCCACGCCGUCGAGUUUCUCUCCCUGCACAUGCCAGAGUCGGACUGCGCCCUGCUGCACGGCGAGGCCAUUGCCGUCGGCAUGUGCAUCACCGCGGAGGUGGCGUUCAUCCUGGGCGUGUGCACGCGCGCCGUCGUCGACAAGCACUACGCCGUGUUUGAGCAGAUGGGCCUGCCCGUGUACGUGCCGCGCUACAUGAGCGUGGAUGUCAUUUGCCGCAAGAUGUGCUAUGACAAGCACUACGUCAAGCAGCCCACCAUGGGUCUUGCCGUUGACAUUGGCGAGAUGUACGAGAAGGACGGCGCGUACGGCCACUCCAUCAGCAGCAGCACGCUCCGACAGGCGCUGCUUGCGAACAUCAAGAAGCGCGACGCCACCAACGCCCUGGGAAAGUCCGACGGCAGCAAGUAA